AGAACUCUCAGCUCAGUCACUUGUUCGAAUUUCGGGCUUCGAACGGGUUGGUAAAUGCGGCGGCACCGCGAAGUUGGCUUUGGCGCGGCGGGUUGCAGUGUUGUCCACUUGUCCAGGUGUCAGUUGUUCUUCGGGACCGUCGAUUGCUGUAGAUAAGCAGAUAUAACGGGAUUGAUCUGAAAAAAUGGUGCUAAAGGUAGAGGACAGGUUUCACGAAGAAUCCAAGCCCAUACUUGAAUCAAAUGGUUUGAAAGGCGCAGAAGACAAUGGCCUGAAAGUGGGAGACAUGUACAAACCAAUCACAAGUUCGAAGAACCCUCACCCCCUCACCAUCGACAAACCCGAAGUGGCCCUGGACCUAUUUUUGACAGCUGUCAACGUGCAAGACGUCCCGCUGGCCAACCAGUGCAUCGAGAGCCUGAAGGGCUGCAUGUGCAAAAGGACCGCCCUGCCCAUUCUCAAAGGGCUGGCCAAGUGCAAGGUGCGGUCCUUCGACCCCUACAGCACCGAGCCCUCGGCUCCGCCCUUGAAGGAGAGCGAUGACGGGCACAACGAUGAUUGGGUCCACGAUCUCAUCGAGAAUCUGAAGAACGACUGCCUGUUGGAGAUCGACAAGAACGCGGACUUCGCACUAAAGCAAAAAGAGAUCCUCGAGAUGGACUACUGCGAUAUCCUGAGCAUCACCAGACGUGACACCCUGCAAGUAUCGAGCGAGAUGAUCGUGUACAGCGCCGUGAUGCGGUGGUGCAUCGAAGAGUGCCACAGGCGGACGCUUCAAGCUCAAAGAAUCAACUUGAAGGCAGUGUUGAGAGAACUCGCCUACGCUCCAAGGUAUGGGUUGAUGUCGAAGAAAGAGUUCCUUUGCCGAACAGUGGACGGUGUCAAAGGCCCAGACAGGAGCGGUAUUCUCGACGAGCAAGAAACCGAACGGAUACUGGAGUACAUACGAAGAAAGUCCAAAAAUCGGCCUGCGGAAGAGUUGCCCUUCAAGGGCUCCGUGCCACGCAAACCUGCCAGCGAAAAGGCCAAGAAAUUUCGCUCCGAUAGCAGCUGCAGCUCCAAAUCCACCUGCGACAAGUUUAUCCUCAAUUUCCUCACUUGCUGGACUGCUAUUUUCGACUGAACCUUCUCAGUUCCUCAUCGAUAAGAUGUUUUUGUCUCUUUCCUUGGUAGGGUUAGUGUUCGAGUAUCCAAUCCCUUUGUGAUGAGAGAGUGCCAUUUGGGAAGGCUGUAAGCUUGGUCUUAUGAUGUGGCCCUAAAUUCUACUAUAACUCGAGGAUUGCAAGCCUGAAAAAAUAAUUUGAAGAUAUUGAAUCUCUAUUCGGUGCAUACGUGAACUUAACUAACGAAUCUGGUUUCAAACCUACCGAUUUCUGGUUCAGUCUCUAAAAAAAUUCGAGGCUGAAGGGUUGAACUGCUUUGGAAGUCAGCUAGAAAUAUUCAGUGAUUGUUAGGACAGCUUGUUGGUCAGUAAUUUCAGAUGAAUUGAUUGAAUGAUUGGGAUGUCUCAGCAGACGUGAACCAAACAUUGUUUUCUUGCAUAAAAAGGGGGUAUAUAGAGGGUUCUCAAAGGUGAGAAGUCCAUUACAACAGGAUAUGCAACACGUGAAAUAUGCCUACAACAAUUAGCAGAAUAGAAACAUAUAGAGAGGUAAUUGAUACAAAUGUUAACCCGAUAAUUCUUGUCCUGGUUAUAUUACAUUAGGCAUACACAAUCAUGCUUGUCAUGAAACUCAUAUGUAUCACUACUUGCGGAGAUAAUAUAAUCUUUUUUCUACCAUUUGUUCAAGGACCUACCAUCACUUACUCUUUCUCGAGUCGUAAAGUAGUCUUUCCUUAUCAAGGUGGUUUUUUUAUUUCAUCAAGUACAUCAUGAAGUCAUAGCUAUUAUUAUCUGAUUCUUUAUACAGAAGAAGUCAAAAACCGACAGCGAAAAGGCCAAGAAAUUCUGCUUCGAUAGCAGCUGCAGGUCCAAAUCCACCUGCGACAAGUUUAUCCUCAAAUUCCUCACUUGCUGGACUGCUAUUUUCGACUGAACCUCCUCAGUUCCUCAUCGAUAAGAUGUUUUUGUCUCUUUCCUUGGUAGGGUUAGUGUUCGAGUAUCCAAUCCCUUUGUGAUGAGAGGGUGCCAUUUGAGAAGGCUGUAAGCUUGGUCUUAUGAUGUGGCCCUAAAUUCUAUUAUAACUCAGGAAUUGAGCAUUGCAAGCCGGAAAAAAUAUUUUGAAGAUAUAGAAUCUCUCUAUCAGGUGCAUACGUGAACUUAAACUAACGAAUCUGGUUUCAAACCUACCGAUCUCCGGUUUUGUUUCUGAAAAAAAAUUGAAGGCUAGAAAAGUUGAACUGCUUUGACAGUCAGCUAGAAAUAUUCAGUGAUUGUUAGGACAGCUUGUUGGUCAGUACUUUUAGAUACAUUGAUUGAAUGAAUGGUAUGCCUCAGCAGGCGUGAACCAAACAUUGUUUUCUUGCAUAAAAAGGGGGUAUAUAGAGGGUUUUCAAAGGUGAGAAGUCAAUAACAACAGGAUAUGCAACUUGUGAAAUAUGCCUAUAACAAUUUUCAAAAUGGAAACAUAUAGAAAGAUUAUUGAUACGAAUGUUAACCCUACAAUUCUGUGUCCUGUUACGUUUACAUGAGGCAUACACAAUCAUGCUUGUCGUGAAACUCAUUUGUAUCACUACUUACGGAGAAAAUAUAAUCUUUUUCCUACCAUCAGUCCAAGGACCUACCAUCAUUCACUCUUUUUCGAGUCGUAAAGUAGUCUUUCCCUAUCAAGGUAGUUUUUUCAUUUCAUCAUGUUCAGGAAAUCAUAGUUAUUAUUAUCUGAUUCUUCAUACGGAAAAACUUCAAAAACCGCCCUGUGGAAGAGUUACCCUUCAAUGGCUCCGUGUCAGCAAAAAGGUCAAGAAAUUUCUCUCCGAUAGCAGCUGCAGCUCCAAAUCCACCUGCGACAAGUUUAUCCUCAAUUUCCUCACUUGCUGGACUGCUAUUUUUGACUGAACUUCCUCAGUUCCUCAUCGAUAAGUAUCUUUCCUUCGUAGGGUUAGUGUUCGAGUAUCCAAUCCCUUUGUGAUGAGAGGGUGCAAUUUGGGAAGGCUGGUUCUAUGAUGUGAGCCCAAUAAAUUCUACUAUAACUCAGCAGUUGAGGAUUGCAAGCCGGACAAAAUAUUUCGAAGAUAAAGAAUCUCUCUAUUCGGUGCAUACGUGGUAGAAGUCCUACCGAAUCUGGUUUUAAAUCUACCGAUUUCUGGUUCUGUCUCUGAUCGAAAAAUGAAAGCUGAAAGGUUGAACAGCUUUAAAACUCAGCUAGAAAUAUUCAGUGAUUGUUGGGACAGCUUGUUGAUCAGUUAUUUCAGAGAAUGAAUCGGGUGUCUCAGCAGACGUGAACCAAACAUUGUUUUCUUCCAUAAUAAUCUGAUAGGGGGUAUAAAGGGGGUCCUCAGAGGUAAGAAGUCCAUUACAGCAGGAUAUGCAUCUCAGCAAUUUGAGAAUUUCAAGCCGAAAAAACUAUUUUGAAAAUAUAGAAUCUCUCUAUUCGGUGCAACGUGGUAGAAGUUCUACUCCUGGUACCUACGUUCACGAAAAGCAUACACAAUCAUGCUUGUCGUAAAAAUCAUAUGUAUCACUACCUGCGGCCAAAAUAUGAAAUCUUUUUUCUACCACUAACCAGUUCUAGAGUUACUAAUACCAUCCAGUGACUCUAGCUAGUCCAAGGACCUACCAUCACUUAGGUACUAUUUUUCGAGUCGUACCUAGAUAGUAUUUCCCUAUCAAGGUUGUUUUUCAUUUUAUCAACAAGUGGUUCAUGAAGUCACCACCACCUUUUACUUUGUGCCAUUUGGAAAUGCUGAAAGCUUGGUUUCGUUGGAGAUGUGGGCCUGAAUUAAUACUAUUGCUCAUCAAUUUGAGAAUUCCAAACCGAAAAAAAAAUUUCGAAGAUAUAGAAUCUCUCUAUCCGGUGCAUAUCUGCUAGUAGUCUUAAGCCUAUAGAAACUCAAAUACCGGUUUCAAAUCAGCCGAUUUUAGGUUCUAUCUCAGAAAAAAAAUUAAAGGCUGACGGGUUCUGAAAAUAAACCAGAAAUAAUAAGUUAUUGUUACGACAGCUUGUUGCUCAGUAAUCAUGGAAAUCUUUUUGUGAAAUUACCUACUUUUACGAGUUCUACAUAUCCUGUUGAAAAAGAUGCCACACCUUGGAGAACACUCUGUAUAUCAUCGAUUUAACUACAUAUGACGUGAAAUCUCUGUACCUUCUUGUCACAUAAUGCAGUAUUUUCUCCAGGUUUUUUAUUGCAUUGAAUCUACUAUCUAUUUUGUAAAAAUUCUUUAAUGUUAUCGAAGAUAAUUGUUUUGGGGAAGAAGCCUUACAGUCAUAUUCAGUAGUAUUUACAGGCACUCUCCUACUCCAGAAAAACGAAGUUCCUUACGAUUAUUAUUUUCUAUACAGGGCGAUUUAUAAGUGGAAAAUCAUGGCAUGUUGCUAGUGGAUCAAUAUUGUAUAGAAAAAUUAUGG